AUGGACGAGGCGCCUGUGACGAAGGAAAACCUGACGCGACUCACAGGCAAUGCGAAGUCUAAGCAGGGCUCUCACUCUACUGUAUCAUUGUCUGAGCGUACAGCUGGGACCAUGCAUACACUUGUGAUCAACAGCAUGAUUUCUGUGAGCGGCGAGCCGCCAAGGCUUCCACAAGACAAGCGCAAGAGUCCGCUCUCGGUUGCCACCACAUCGAUCAACUUUCGCGGGUUUGUGAAAAAGAGCGGCCCCUUGUUUGCCAUACAGGAUGCCAUUGAAUCGACGUUCAUGUGGGACGACUGGCUUUGGACAUGCGUUUGUAUGGCAGCGUACGCCAUUGUGAUGCUGCAUCCACGCCUGCUUUUUUGCGUCGCGCCAGCGACGAUGGUGAUUAUUUUGUGCAAUACAUACUUUGUGCGGUACCCACUUACGCAAGCAGCUGCUGAGGCAUCGCCCGGCGAUGCUUUGCGCGCUUCCUUUCCCAACAAAGUGCUCGAGCAAGAGCCGCCAUGCCCACCGCUUGAGGCACGACCCGUGCGCGAGGGUGAGCUCAAGUUUUUUGUGCAUUUGCGCGAAGUGCAAAACAUGAUGCGCCUUAUUAUCGACUCGUAUGAUGCGAUUGCACCGCUGGUCAAGCACGUCAACUGGUCCGAUAUUCCAAGCACCCUGCGCCUCCUGCAACUGUCCAUAUUUGCUACGGUUGCCAUGUUCUUUAUCGGCCCCCUUUUGCCAUUGCACUGGAUGAUUGUACUGGGUGGCGAGGCAUUGUUUAUCGCGCACCACCCGUGGGUAAAGCCUACGGUCGACGGCAUUGUGGCUCACAUGUCGAGUGGAAAGCGCGCACGGCAGCGUACACUCCGGCAACGUCAGUUGAAACAGCGCAUUAUGGAUGUGCUAGUUGAAGACAGCCUGCCGGAAUAUGUCUGGCAGCGUGGUUGGCGCGAUAUGGAAGUGUUUGAGAACCAGCGUUACGAAAGGACAUCUGUGUACUCGGACAAUGCAUGGUCCGGGCUUGCACUUUACGAUGAAGAGCGCCGCCCAUGGACCAGGGGCAGUGACGGAUGGUCAGGCUCGGACACCACCGAGGGAGCGUCGCCGCUUGUGAGCGAGAACAAGGACUUUGCGUUGGACGAGGGCUGGGAGUGGAUUCCUAGCGACGGUUGGCGCAUUGACUUUGGCGGGCGCUGGAGCACAGUGGGUGUGGACGCAAAUGGAUUUGUAUUUACCGACAAUUCAUGGCAGAAUCCGGCGCCAUAUGCAUACGGCUUGGACAAAAACGCCCCGGUCGAACCGUCAAAACUGUUGGACGACGACCCAGGAAGCGAAGACGACGACGAAGGACACAUGGACGCUUUGAAUCUCGAUACGCUUCCGCCGCGGCAUCUUGCAGCGACUCGGAGACGACGCUGGCUGCGCAGAGCUGUACGUGUGAUAGAAAAGAGUAAUGCAUAG